AGUCUAAACCCUGGGCAACAAGUCCCCUCCCUCCCCACCUGCUGCAGCUGGUCAGCAGGUUAAUGAGAAACCAACUUCCUACCUGCUGAGCGGCAGCCGGAACUCACCGCAGCUGGAAACAAGUGCUCCUUUCUGGGUAGAAAACAUGAUUUAGGCCCCAUAAAAUCGCUGCAUCCGUUGUCUGAAACGGGGAAAAGUGCACCAAGUUCCUCCUUGGACUUUCCGGGGUUCGAUCCCAGAGAUGGACCGGUACAGGUACUUCAUUUUCAACCAGAAGAGCGUUCUGGUACUUGGUAUCCUGCAGAUCGCCUGUGCGGGUCUUUGUGUGGUGUGUGGCUUCAUGGACGCUAUUUCCCGAAAGUACACCCCGCUGAGCGGCACCAGGACCCCGGUGUGGGGCGGACUGAUCCUGGGCUGUCCGGGUGUCCUGGCACUAUUCGCCUCCCAAAAGAAGAACUCAGUGCUGGUGAGUGUGAUGGUGGCAGCGGCCGGGCUCUCCUGUGUCACUGCAGCUGUUGUAUCCGGCUACUCCUGUCUGACACUCACCUACGGGGAGGAGGAUAAGGAGGUCUUCCACCACCACGACAGUCCUAAAGUGAUGUUUGUGCUUCAUCGGAUGGUGAAGGGGGCGAAUGCCACCAUCCUGCUGACCUGCACCAUCAGCAUGGCUCUCUCCGCUCUCAUCGCAUAUCUGGGCUGCCGGAGUCUUCCAAGCUGCCGCUGCUAUGAUGCCAGAACCGGACUGGAGACGCUGGUUCCUCAGUGUGACCCUGGAGACACGGAGAUGGUUUGUAGAUUGCAAGCAGGGGGUGACGACAGGCUGUUCAACUCUCCUGCUCCGGUCCCUGAGCGGAACACAGCGGAGGAAGAGGAAAGGCCCUCCAAACUGCCUCCUUACAGCAGACUGACCUGACACCCCCACAGUACCUACAGUGCCUGGUCCUAUAUGUGUCUCCAUCACAGAGGAGGGGCUGGUAAUGGAAAAUGUUUUUAAAAUUGAGCUUCACAUUUAAUAUUUGUGGAUGAAGGGAAUCUUAAAACUCAACUGAAGACGUCACAUUGGAAUGUUGUAAGCCCCUGGUUAGACUAAGCACUUUAGACUGUGGCACGGUCUUUAUUUCCUUUUUGACUAAACAUUUCUGGAGCCAAACUCAUUUAAUCUUGCCAAGUUGAAUACCUGUAUGUAAAAUGUCCAGCCUGAAACGCCCCUGUGUGCUGUGUGAAAGUGAGCUAUCAUCUCAAUGUAUAAAUUAUUUUUUAUCUGUAUUUAAAUAAUAAAACCUUACUGAAGACAAGACCACA